UGGCGCACCUCAAGUAGUUCGAAGAGGAGUGCAAAGACCUCUCUUUACAAGCCUAAAAUAACGAUUACGGAUUACUUAAUCAGAAAUAAUAAGAGAUCAAUCCAUAGRCUACAUGUUUGUGGCAUAUUUAGAGGUUUUUUAGGAUCAGAAUUGUAUCAAAUAUUUCCACAAAAUGUCCGAAGCAGCUAAGGAAGAAACGACCAAGUCGAGAGCUCCUUCGCCUCCUCCGAGCAAUGAGGUAGCUCCACCAUUGAUAUCUGCCCCUGCUAAAGAGGAAGAAGCGAAAAAGGGACAYAAAAGACGAGGGAAAGCUCCUCGAUCUGCUAGCCGACCAGCUCCAACAGCAGCGAAAAAAACGGUUACCCUUGUCCCAGGGUCUGAAGCCAUGAAAGAACGACAAAAACAAGCAAAAGCUCWCAAAGAUGGGCGAAAAUCUGAGAUGGAUUCACGGCAUGAUUAUAUCCUUCAGAAGCUUGCUGAGAUUCUUGGGAUAGACAGUGCAGUUGUAGAAGACUUUAUACUUGGGGAUGAAAAAUAUCCACAGAUUGAAAGCUUCUUUGCAACAGAUGGAAUCAAGAGGUUAAUGUUCUUUUAUCAGGAAUGUCAUUUGAACCGAGUUGAUUUAAGUUCUCAAGCUGCAAACUCGCCUAAGAAGCUGUUUAUCAGCAAUGGAAAUACAGAGGGCCUCCAUGGACAGUGCUACAUGUUCCUAAGGACAUCCAACAAUAAAAAUAUCACCACAGCAAACAUUGCACAGGAAGUCAGCUUCAUGGUGCUGGACACUUCCAAGGGUAGCAUUCUUUCUGGAUUUGAGAAGCUGUUAGGUACAAUAUUAAUCCCUGCCUURCAGAAACAAGAGAACUGGGGUGAAUUGUCCCAACAACUUGGUCAAGUCCAGGAAUUUGUAGAAUCUUUGGAAAAGUUUGUUGGUAUUUUGUCUGGUGCUAAGGAUAAUGUCAAUACCAGGGUUGAGCUUGGUGACAAUGGUCUGACAGGAUUGUUAGACAGUCUCAAGACACCUGCUGAUUAUGUUGCAGCAGCAAGUAAUCCAGAUAUUGUAGACAAACUUGAAGGUUUAAUAGCAUUUUGGUCAAAAGAAAUAGAACAAGUACUGGCUGAGAGUGAACAGAUGAGGAAAGAGGCUGAUGACAUCGGGCCAAUGGCUGAGCUGGAACACUGGAAGAAAAGAAUGGCCAAGUUUAAUGUGUAAGUGAAUCCAU